AGUCGACGACGUUAGCAAGUGAAAGUUUGCUGUGAUGGAAAUGCGCUCAGAGUGAGUCCUCACGCUGUUUUCCUCCUCUGUGCAGUCCAUAUGUCAAAGUCUUUGUGCCGUUAGCAUUUUAGCAUCAAGCGAGGGAAAAAACACAGCUAGCAGCUCUGCUAGCAACCGGUCCCCACCGCCUGACUCCUGCAAGUGAGCUGGAUGAUGUGUGCUGAUGGAGAUGGAGGCUCCUGAGUAUUUGGACCUGGAUGAGAUCGACUUCUCUGAUGAUGCCGUGUAUUCUGUCAGCUCCCUGAAGAACAUUCCGGAAUUAUCCAGGAGGAAUGAUGCUCAGACCGAGGAGAGACCUGCUCCGCCCUCCAUCGGCUGGAGUCGUGGGGUGUCCUCCCACGGGGUGGGAGGGGGGAUGAAACCCACGGGUCUGGCUGAGGUCCACAGCAAGUUCCGUCCGGUCAAGCGGGUCUCGCCUCUCAAACACCAGCCCGAGACGCACGAGUCGGACCCGGACGGGAAGGUCUCGGGCCAAGAGGCUGGUGCCGGGGAGGCGGCUAAAGACAAGCCUCCCCCUACCCCCGCCUCCUCGUGCGAGGGCGUGGGAGGCAAGGUGAAGGUCAUGGAGGGAGGUACGGGGGGAGCGGGAGGAGCGGUGUUUGGGGAUCUGGAGCACUAUGACCUGGACAUGGAUGAGAUCCUGGACGUCCCGUACAUCAAGUCCAGCCAGCACUCGUCCACGCUGCCUCGCCCCCCUCCCGCACGGAGCAUCCUGCCAGGAGGAACCCUGGAGAGGAACCACCGAGCCAAGAACUCCUCUUUGGCGCACGGCGAGCCCUCCGCCGCCUCCCAGACCCCGUUGUGUCUUCUGUCUCCUCACCUGAGGAAGUCUAAGUCCAUGGACCCCGACGUCCUCCACCGCCCACCAGGAGCCUACCAGCAGGAUGCUCUCUCCUCCUCACUACUCAGCUGUUCCUCCUCCCUCUCCUCCUUCUCUGAUGGGGACAAGCUGCUGUCUGCCCGGGGCUACCCGGAGGCUCAGAACCAGAGGGCCGGCUUGGAGCCUCUGGGGGGCGCCACGCUGACUUUCCCCCUCCUGGGGGGCGGCUCGGCCAGGCAGGAAGGCCCCAAGCCUCGGCCCCCUGCCCCGGGAGGAGUGGGAGGAGGAGCGAGGGUCUUCAGCGGAGUGGCGGACGUGGACGAGGAGAGCAAGAAGAAGCAGAACAUCAUCAACAUCGUGAGGGAGGGCCAGAUCUCUCUCCUGCCUCACCUGGCCGCCGACAACCUGGCGCUGAUCCGAGACCAGGACGGGAACAACCUGCUGCACGUGUCUGCCUCGCAAGGUCACGCCGAGUGCCUGCAGCACCUCACCUCCCUCAUGGGCGAGGACGGCCUCAAUGAGCGCAACGCUCAGCAGCUCACGCCCGCCGGCCUCGGCGUCAAGAACGGACACCUGGAGUGUGUGAGGUGGAUGGUGAGCGAGACGGAGGCCAUCGCGGAGCUCAGCUGCACCAGAGAACAUCCCAGCCUCAUCCACUACGCCGCACGCUACGGACAGGUCUCUCACUUCCUGUCACUUCCUGUCAGCUCUCCGCUAACAACGUGUGUGCGUGUAGGAGAAGGUGCUGCUGUGGUUGCUGCAGUUCAUGCAGGAGCAGGCCAUCUCUCUGGACGAGGUGGACCACAACGGGAACACGGGCGUGCACGUGGCAGCACAGUAUGGUCACCUGACAUGCAUCCAGGUACACAGGUGUACACGGUGGGGUCACCUGACAUGUCUUUAUCACCGCCGUCUCUUCCUUUCUCUCAUUUCUUCUCCAUCCUUUCCCCCCUUUGCUUAUUCUCUCUCUUCCUCAUUUUUCUUCCUCUCUUUCGCCGCCUUUUUUCAUAUUCUUCUUCUCAUUCUCUUCUUUCUUUUUCCUUGUCGUCCUCCAUGAUGCUUCCACUGACUUUCAUGUAUGAUGUUGAAGUGUGUGGAGUGUUUAUUGGACACACGUGCGUGCGUGCGUGCGUGCAGACCUUGGUGGAGUAUGGCUCCAACGUGACGGUGCACAACCAGCAAGGGGAGCGUCCCUCUCAGGUGGCGGAGCGUCAAGGUCACAGCACGUGCGCCCGCUACCUGGUGGUGGUGGAGACGUGCAUGUCGCUCGCCUCGCAGGUCGUCAAACUCACCAAGCAGCUCAGCGAGCAGGCAGCAGAGAAGGUGAUGCUACAGAAACAACUACACAGACUGGACAAGUCACAUGGAGCACCAACCAGCGUGCAUCAGCCCCCCGGGGAGGCGUGGCCAGAGAUGACGCCAACGGCCGAGGGUACGCCCGCCGACGGCCACUGGCAGCUGUGUCAUGGAGGGGCUGGGCCGGACUCUGCGCCGCGUCAGAUGAUGGGGAAGGAGGCGCCCGAAUGCUCCAGGCUUCUUCUGGCGGGGGGGGCCGGCAGGGACGGCUCCCGUCGGAGCGCCCUGGCGGAGAAGCGGGAGCUGAAGCUGGCCCGACUCAAGCAGAUCAUGCAGCGCUCGCUCAGCGAGUCCGACUGCGACGCUUACCCGCCGGAAGAGGGUAAAAAACACCUAGCCCCACCCACUCACCCCCCGCGACCCGAUAGGCCGAGCCAGCUGCCAAUCGCAGACGAGGAGCCUGCGUCAAAGCACCUGCAGCUCAUGAUGAGGAAGCACCUCCCCUCCUCUGCGGACAAGAAGAGCACCUUUAGCCCCUCCCCCACCUCCAGCGACCCCGAGGUCACAGACGCCAGGACGCCAGACACCCCGGGCGAGGCAGAUGGCGGCCCCAAAGUGGCCACCAGCCCCAAAAGUGCCCUGAAGUCGCCGUCGUCCCGCCGGAAGACGUCCCACAACCUGAAACUGAGGGUGACGUUUGACGAGCACGUGCAUCAGAGCCAGGAGGCGGAGCCUAGCAGAGGGAAGGAGAGGUCGCCCGCAGGAAGCUCGGAGAGCAAGCGCCCCUUCGGGACCUUCCGCUCCAUCAUGGAGAGUCUGAGCGGGAACGCCAACCACAACAACAGCAACUCUCCCGCCAAGAGGGCAGAGCCUCGGGCCGGCCCAGCGGGGGGCGGUGCCGCCAAGGCCAAGACCAGAAGCGGUAACGUUUGAGCCCCUGUGGUCACGUGACCCGUCGCUAUAGCAACGCCCGCGAGGCCUCAUAUUUAUGCACAACGACUUUAUUUGUAUUUAAAUGAGCACACUUUGGAACGAGGCUGUCAUGUGACCUGUGCUCAGGCAUCAGCUGAUUCUUUCUUAGCAAAUGCAACAAAAUAUUAAACUUUUUUUACAUUUCACAACAUUUUUCAUGUCUUUUCUCCUCCUUCUUCAUCUCCUUUCUCUCCUCUUUCACUUGUCUCCUUCUCUUCAUCCUCCUCUUCGUGUUUCUCCUUCUUCUUGUCAUCCUUAGCAGCCAGCUAACGAUUGGCUACCCUUGAUGUGGGGGGGCAGGGGACAGUCAAAGGUAUAUUUGUCUAGAGGUGACUAAUGUUCUCCUGG